AUGACAGAGGGGAAGCGACAGGGUUAUAAUCCAAUCAGACCGGUGUGUAAACCUGACCUGACCUCUCCUGAGCUCAUGAAUGCAGCUGAUUCUGACACUUUUGCGUUUUUCCACGAGGGGGCUCAGGGGUGUUUGGGGGUGCGAGAUCACUCCCUCUACCUGUCAUCCUCGUGCGACAGCGACGCCCAGCUCUGGAAAUGGGUGACCAGGGGGCGGCUUUUCAACAUGGGCUCCUCCCUCUGCCUGGGCGUUACUGUGGGCAACUUGACUGUGGGCGGGGAUAAGUCUCCCCUUGGCGUGUACACGUGCGACAGAGAACCUCCACUGGUCAGGUGGGUCUGGAGCUGCUCCAAGUUUUUGGAAAACCUCAACACUUACCUGCCCUCGCCCAAACCUCCGGUUGCCACCGGCAACGGUUCCGCGCCCGCAAGACGCCCGCCGGAGGGACUAUUAUGGAGGCUGUACGGGGACGAACAGGACCUGUGCUCUAAGUCAUACCGUGAGAUCUACACGAUUCAGGGGAACUCUCAUGGCCAGCCGUGUUACCUGCCUUUCCUGUACGAUGGCCAGUGGUUCCACAGCUGUACCAGUACGGGCAGAGAGGACGGCCACCUCUGGUGUGCCACCACGUUUGACUACGGCAAGGACGAACGCUGGGGAUUCUGCCCGGUUAACAGUAAUGGAUGUGAGACCUUCUGGGACAUAGACUCUUUACUGGGGAACUGUUAUCAGUUUAACUUCCAGGCCACUCUGUCAUGGAGCGAGGCCCGCAGAAGCUGCCAGCAGCAGGGGGCGGACCUGCUCAGCAUCACAGAGGUGCAGGAACAAAGCUACAUUAAUGGCUUACUGACAGGUUACACUGCAUCCCUGUGGAUGGGGCUGAAUGACCUGGACUUGAACGGGGGCUGGCAGUGGUCUGACUCCUCCCCCCUCAAAUACCUCAACUGGGAGGCAGGUCAGCCAAACCACGAGGAGGAGGAGAACUGCGCCGUGAUCCGUACGGAAACUUCCGGACGCUGGCAGAACCGGGACUGCUCUAUUGCCAUGCCCUAUAUCUGCAAGAAGAGACCCAAUGCUACACGAGACCCAUUCACCACAGACUCAUGGUCAGACAAUGGGAGGUAUCAGUGUGAUGUGGGCUGGCAGCCCUUUCAGAAGGGCUGUUACAGGCUGAACCCAGAGCAGCUGGACUGGAACACAGCACAGAAAACCUGUCAGAAAAUGGACGCCAAUCUGGUCAGCAUCCACACUCUGUCAGAGCUGGAGUUCAUCACAUUCAACUUAAAGAAAGACAUUGAGGAGUUGUGGAUUGGUCUACAUGACAUGACCAUGCAGAUGAAUUUUGAGUGGACCGACCGGACGGCCGUCACCUUCACGCAGUGGCAUCCCUUUGAACCCAACAACUUCCACAACACGCAGGAGGACUGUGUGAUGAUGUGGGGGUCGGAGGGUCGCUGGAAUGACAGCCCCUGUAAUCUCACUUUGCCAUCCAUCUGUAAGAAAGAUGCCCAGAGGUCAGACGGACAGAUCCAGGACCACGGCUGUAAACCGGGCUGGAGGUGGCACAGUCCUGCAUGUUUCCUGGUGGGGGAAGAGUCUUUGACCUUUGAUGAUGCCAAGAAAACAUGUGAAAAAAACAGCGCUGGUCUAGUCACCAUUAAUAAUAGGUUCGAACAGGCAUUUGUGAGCAGUCUGGUCUUUGGGAGAUCAGGUGACUAUUUUUGGCUUGGUCUACAUGACGAGAAUCGCUCCGCCCCCUUCCACUGGCUGACAGGAGAGGAGCUCACCUACACCAACUGGAACAGAGAUCAGCCAGGGAUGAAAGCAGGGUGCGUUGCCAUGGCAACAGGCCAAGCCACAGGCCUGUGGGAGGUGAGGAACUGUGUGACGUCCCGCUCCAAAUACAUCUGCCGUCAGAACCUGGACUCUCCUCCGGACCGGAACUUACCUGGACCCCAACCAACACCCCCCCUCACCGGGUCCUGCCCCUCUGGCUGGAAGAGCAGCAGCACACUCCACUAUUGCUACAAGGUCUUUCACGUUGGCGAACGUGAGAAGCGAUUGUCAUGGUUACAGGCUCACCUGUACUGUCGCAAGCAUGGGGCCAGUCUGCUGAGUAUGAGUGGACCAGAUGAAGAAUCAUUCGUCCUUCAGGUCCUGCACGAAACCUUCGGGGAGUCGGAGGAUCACGAGCAGCACUGGUUCUGGAUCGGGCUUAACCGACGCAACCCCACGGGCGGCGGCGGCUGGCAGUGGAGCGACGGACUAGCUUACGCCUAUCCUAACUUUGGCAGGGAGUCCUAUAACAUGCACCACUGUGCUGUGAUUGAUUUGGGUUCGACAAACUGGCUGCCAGUGGCGUGUGAAACAGAAUUAGACUGGAUCUGUAAAAUCCCUAAAGGAAAAGCUGAAGUGGAAGUGGAGAGCACUGAGGACACUGGUCUAGACUGGGUGGUUUUUCAAGAGGCGGAGUAUAAGUUGUUUGAACAUCGCUCGACGUGGGAUCAGGCCCAGAGAAUCUGUUCCUGGUUCGACGCCUCUCUCGCUUCCGCCCACUCCGCUAGUGAAAUGCAGUUUCUGACAGGCACACUGCGCAAGAUGUCGAGGAUGCAGAAUGACCAUUGGUGGCUGGGUCUGCACACGUUUGAGGGGGACGGGCGGUUCCGCUGGUCAGACCACUCUGUUCUCAAUUACAUUACCUGGGCCCAGGGAGAGCCUCGGCCAAUCAGCAGAGACCGCAAAUGCAUUUACACGUCCGCCAUUACAGGACGAUGGACAGAGCAGAAGUGUCACACUGAUCUACCGUACGUGUGCAAAAGAGUGAACGUCACUGCUCCUCUCCCGCCCACACCUCCUCUCCCAGUCAGACCUGCAGGCUGUCCCCAGGGCUGGACCCCUUUCCUGCACAAGUGUUAUAAGGUGUUUGGGGAGGAGGAGUCCAAACGGAGCACCUGGUCUUCUGCCCACUCGGCAUGCCAGUCUCAGGGGGCAGUGUUAGCAACUGUGCCCACUUAUGUUGAGCAGGCAUUCCUGGUGACUCUGCUGCCCAAUGUCAGCAUGCAUUUGUGGGUGGGGCUAACCUCUGACUCACAGGGACAUUUCCGGUGGGCGGAGCCUGGGCGACUGGGCUACACUAACUGGGCUCCAGGCGAGCCUGUGGACAACAGUGGCCCUCUACACAAUAAGGACCCGGGUAACUGUGUGGCGUUGCUACAUGGCAGUCCUCACCGGACUACAGGCAUGUGGUCAUCACGUUCGUGUGAUGGAGAAAAACACGGUUACAUCUGCAUGAAGAGCAAAGAUCCUACCCUUCCCAGUGCUGAGGAUCCUCUGCCUCCCUCAUCUCUGCGCGGCACGCUGGGGUUCGAGGGAGCGAAGUAUCGGGUUGUGGAGAAAGACUUGGACUGGAACACGGCUCUCCAGAUGUGUGAGUCCGUUAACGGGAGCCUGGCCGUGGUGCGGGACCCGCGGCAGCACGGCUACCUCACGCUCAUCCUCGACAAACUCCGCCAGCCCGCCUGGAUCGGCCUGCGGAACGGAGGAGCACGUAGCUAUACUUGGCUGGAGGAAGAAGAGGUCACCUUCAGUGACUGGAACGAUGGAGAACCCAGUCAGAUGGUCGGAUGUGGUCACAUGACCUCGAAGGGCCAGUGGAGUGUGGCCUCCUGCAAGACCAAAUUAAAAGCAGCUAUUUGUGAAAUCAACCCAGAGCGAGUGAUUGAUCAUAAGUGGGCGUAUUCGGGUCACUGUCCCAGCCCUGUAGGGAACUGGUCCUGGGUGCCUUUCAGAGGUCACUGUUACGCAUUUAACCUCAACCAGUUACGUCUACAACACGAGGCUGUCAGCACCUGUAAAAAAGUGGGAGCAGAGCUGCUGUCUGUCUUGGAUGAGAGUGAGAAUGGCUUCGUAUGGGAACACAUACAGGGCUAUCAGGAACAGGCCGUCGGGGCGUGGCUCGGCUUGACCUUUAACCCCAAGGGAGGAAUCCUGCAGUGGUCUGACAGUGCUGUGGUGAGCUACACUAACUGGGAACAGCAGGAUGCUAAUUUGAGCAUGUUGUCAGCAAACAGCUGUUUCUGGGUGCAGAGUAACACAGGCCUUUGGAAACCAGGGUCCUGCAAGAACCGGACCCACGGAGUCGUCUGCAAACGCCCGCGCGGUGUGGAUGUUUCUCCUGUAGUGGCUGAGGUGGAGCAUCUUCCGGCGUUGAUUCUGAUCUUGGUGGCAGUGUUGGUUCUGAUUGCCCUUGUUGUGGGCGUGGUUUAUCUCUACCGUAGGCGGAACUCCGGCAUGGCGGGGUCCUAUGAGGGCGCUCGAUACAGCCGCACAAACUCCACCCCCUCCGAGGAAGCGGAGAAAAACAUACUGGUGUCAGACAUGGAGCUAAAUGAGCAGCCGGAAUAA